AUGCAACUCCACGUAAGAGGAUUGAACACGCACGUUUUGGACGUCCAACCGGAUGACAACAUUGCCCAUUUGAAGGCCCUGCUGGCCGGAUUGGAGUCCGUCGAUGCUCAGGAGCUUCAUCUGUACUGCGAGGGUAAACCGCUCGCCGAAGAUGCCACUGUGGCUCAGCUGACCUCAGUCGAGCUCGAUGUCACGGUUAGCCUGCUCGGUGGUAAGGUGCACGGUUCUCUCGCUCGUGCCGGCAAAGUGAAGGGCCAGACACCAAAGGUGGAAAAGAAGGAAAAGAAAAAGAAGAAGACUGGCCGCGCUAAACGGCGCAUCCAGUACAACAGACGCUUCUCGAGCGUAGUCCAGGCGUACGGUCGUCGCCGGGGUCCGAAUGCCAACUCGGCCUAA